AUGGCACGGGUGGGUCAUAAGGAAUCUCGCCACAGUUGCUUGAGGUGCAAGAAAAGGCGUGUAAAGGAAUCCCCAGGAAACUCAUCAUCGUCCGCCUUUUCGCUCCCCACUUCUCUUGAUUUAUUCAGCCACCCAGAACCAGAGCAGUCAGGCUCGUGGAUAUUGGAUGCUGAGCUUAUCCACCACUACACCAUGGCGUCCUAUGGAACUUUGCCGCAUGCCCCAGAGGUUUGUCAUGCCUUGCGUUCAGGUGUAGUUCGCGAGGCUUUGUCACAUCCAUAUUUGCUGCAUGAGCUUCUGGCCUUUGCUGGAUUCCACCUCGCAUCCCUUAAUCCGAAUGAUCGGCAUCGAUACUCUUUGCGUGCCUUCCACCAUCAAAAAAUGGCUGCUGGGAAGAUGAGGGAGGAUAUUGCCAUAAUGAAUUCGACAAACUGCCAUGCUCUAUUUCUGACAUCGAUAUUUCUAAUCGUCAACGCCUUCGCUGAACCAUUCGAUUGCACAAUUACUGGCAAUACUUUCUCCCCAACCAAAGCUGUCGUCGACAUAUUUUCUCUUGUCGCAGGCAUAAAACUCAUCUUCCAUUCAUCGGGUCUCGAUCUCGGGUCGAGCCCUUUAAAUGUGCUCUUCAUAGGACCUGGCAGCAACAAAUGUGAUCCAUACCGCCUUCAAUCGCUUCUUGAACAGCUUCCUGAGCUGCGGAGUAGAACAUAUGAAGCAAAGGGGAUUGAAGAGACUCAGAAGAAGGUCUUGAUUGCGUCAAUCGAAGCUCUUCAGAGCUGCAUUGAUACCGUCAGUAGACAAAGAGCUCCAGGCAUUUCAAUCGAAAUCAGCGCAUUAUUUGUUUUGGCCGGUGAUGCUUCCUAA